AAAAAAAACUUUUGUUCGUCUUCGUUUUAAUUUUUGGUAUCAUCAACAAAUAUUCCGGUCUGAAAAAUUAUGGAUGUAAUCUCUAUAAUUCUUCACUAGACAGAAAAUAAAAUUUCUUAGAAAAAAGAAUCAAAGUAUCAUUUUCAUAUUAUUAUUUUGUCAACGUUCUGACUCUAAUCAUAUGGGAUAACUGUAUCCGGUACAGGGCGUUUCACAAAGAACCAGCUCUUUGGUCGCCGGCGAUUUAGUUAUUUAACUUAUUUACAUUGUAUGUACUUUCUGUAGUACAACUUCCGAAUUACUUUACCGUUGUACUUGUCACAGCAAAUCUCUAACGAUAAAGUCAACACUGUACUACAAACACCAACAUAUAUAAUCAUACACUAAUAAUGUUCAUGAAGUGUAAACAAACAAUAACUAAAACAAAACAAAGAAUAACUAAAAUGGCUUUGUCUUCCAAAACCCUAAAGUCAACUCUCUUCCUCCUCUCUAUUCUCUUCCUCUGUUUCUCCUUGAUCCUAGCUCACGGCGGCAUAGACGACGGCGACGAAGAGGAGACCAACCAGCCACCUCCGGCCACCGUCGUAAAUCUCCGAUCGAAAAGCUUGGUGCUUGUGAAGAUCUACUGUAUAAUAAUACUCUUCUUUAGCACAUUCUUAGCCGGAAUUUCACCUUACUUUUACCGAUGGAACGAGUCGUUUCUCCUCCUCGGAACUCAAUUCUCCGGCGGUAUAUUCCUAGCCACCGCUCUAAUCCAUUUCCUCAGCGACGCUAACGAGACAUUCAGGGGAUUAAAACACAAAGAGUAUCCUUACGCCUUCAUGUUAGCAGCCGCUGGAUAUUGCCUUACAAUGCUCGCAGAUGUGGCUGUUGCGUUUGUAGCGGUUGGAAGUAAUAAAAAUCACGGCGGAGCUAGCGUCGUCGGAGAGUCGAGGGUGGAUGAUGAAGCGGCAGUGAAAGAGGAAGGGCGUCGUGAGAUAAAGAGUGGUGUGGAUGUGAGUCAAGCGCUUAUACGAACGAGUGGAUAUGGAGACACAGCGUUGCUGAUUUUUGCACUUUGUUUUCACUCCAUCUUUGAGGGAAUCGCCAUUGGUCUCUCAGAAACUAAAAGCGACGCUUGGAGAAACCUAUGGACAAUAUCGUUGCACAAGGUCUUCGCGGCCGUAGCAAUGGGAAUAGCUCUCCUCAAGCUAAUCCCUAAGCGUCCAUUCUUUCUCACUGUCGUCUACUCCUUCGCCUUUGGGAUAUCGAGUCCCAUAGGUGUGGGGAUUGGCAUUGGCAUCAAUGCCACUAGCCAAGGAGCCGGUGGUGACUGGACCUAUGCGAUCUCUAUGGGCCUCGCUUGUGGAGUUUUCGUGUACGUUGCGGUUAACCAUCUCAUCUCGAAAGGGUAUAAGCCUCGUGAGGAAUGUUACUUCGACAAGCCAAUCUACAAGUUUAUUGCUGUCUUCCUUGGCGUUGCUUUGCUCUCCGUUGUUAUGAUUUGGGAUUGAUUUUAAGUGAUAUACUUAGUUUCAAUCAUUAGUUUUUUUUCUUUUUCUUUCAAAUCUCCUUGUUCAUAUUCUUCGUUUUUAUUAAUUUUGCAGAAUUUAACAAUUCAAUGUACGUAAACCGUUGUGAAAAAGAAUAUAAACAUUUAUGUA